AUGCAAGUAGACAAAGAUAGUAAAGUCAUAAUCCUCCCUCGGUCAACUUCCACUUCAUCUCUUAGAGAAUAUAAGAUAGUAAAUCUACCCAUCACAUCAGCAUCAUCAUCAGCAGGUGCUACAAAAUCUUAUCUUAUCCAGGACUCCAAAAUAUACGAACUAAAUGUAAUCAAAGGUGAAAACUCCAAUAUCAAAUUGAAAUCAGGAGAUGCUGUAAAGUCCUUCAUCUUUGAGCCGGUAUCAAGAGAAACCGAUGCUACAGAUGCUACCACUGAGUCAAGUAGUGAUGAUGGAAAUGUCACCAAUGGCGCUGUGUUGCAAUCGUGUCAUACACUAAUUGCAUCCCCUUACAACUUCACUUACUUGUUAAUUGCCAUAUUUGAAAAACAUGGUGAUAAAUUUAGUCGAUUUCAUACCUUGGAUGAUAUUAGAGAUACUUUACUGAGCUUGGAGUCUGGUCAGGAUUGGGUUUAUGAUGUACCUCGUAAAGUGUUUUUGAAAAGUUUGGCCAAUGUUUGUAAAUCUAUAAUUGAAAGUUGUGGUGGCGGAGGAGGAGAAGAAGAAGAGGACAAGAUAAGUGAACAAGAUUCAGACGAUCGAUUUUACAAAUAUUCGUCUACAAGGAGUACCGAAUGGGUUAAUUCAAAGAUUGUUGCAUUACAUCAAUGGAUUCUACACCUGGAUGGUGAUAACCGACCACCAACAAAUAGUUUAAUGACCAAGAUUAAGAAGGAACUACACGAUCCAACGGUUACCAAUGACCCAUCAGCCAAUCAAGACCAGCAACAGCAACAACAUGAAUUGAUUAACGAAAUGGCAUUAAUCUAUGCAAUUGACUACAUAUGCGACUCGUAUAUCGCCAACCUCAAACCAAAAAUCAUUUCGCAGUACAAUUACAACUUCACGAAAGUCGAUGGUUACUUAACCAGUUUGAAACAAAAGCAAAAGGAUUUAGAAGCGAUUGAAGCAAAUAUGAAUGAGGUGAUCACUACGACUGCAAAUAGCAAUAAAUCGGCUUCAGCAGCAAAAAAGAAUGGUAAAAAGAAGCCAGUCAAGAAAGUAGCUGUUGGAAAAGGAGCUCUUGAUGGGUUUUUCAAAAAAGCAUAA